UAUAUAUUAUUUAUAUAUAUAUUAUACUAUUUUCUAACUGAUAUAAAAUCUAUACUAUACUAAAUACCUUACCAACAUUUUAACUGUAAAAUAUUCAAUAUUGGCAUUAAGCUUAAGCACUUUUUAAACCAAAAUCAUCAAACAAGUCAAAUUUGUCUUCACAAAUAAAAACAAAAUGAGCCGAGUGAAAACGUUAUGUGCUAUGGAAUCAUUGGUCGAAGGUGUCCCACAAGUUAAUUUCGUCAUCUGUCCAGCCGUGAUCGACGACUGCGACCAAAUCUACGAAUUAGUACAAGAAUACUAUUCCGAAUACGGUAUACCGAGCAGCAGACAGUUGAAUAAAGACACUUUCAGGAAGGACGGAUUUGAAUCUCAAAAUCCAAGUUUCCAAUGUUUCAUAGCAAAAACUAGGAAAGAAGAAGACGUUAUUAUCGGAUUCGUUCUAUGGUUUCGACCGAUCGAGAACACGACUAGCCAACCAUUGUUCCUCGAAGCAUUGUACGUGUCCAAACCUUACCGACAGAAACACGUCGAACAUGCACUCUUCGAGAAAACGAUUCAAAUCUAUUGAAUCACAGAGGUGGACGAGAUGCCGAUCGGCCCGCUGCCGCGUCGUAACCAUACCAACUAUAAUAUACCCAUCGAUGCACCCAAUUCAAAAUGUUAUACCUAUAUCAAUAGCAAUAAUAAUAACAAUAAUAUUAUUAACAUCGUCGUGUAAUUGUAUGAUAUUAAGAAAGAGAAAACGCUAAAUGUUGACGACUGGAAACGCACGAAAACAAUAUUAUAUUCAUAUAGCUAUAAUGUUUCUUACGGUCGACCGCCGCCUAGACGAAAUUAUAGCGAAUUACCGGGAGAUCGAAAGCUGAAGCCGGAAAUGGGUGUUCUCUUAUAAGGGCUCGCAUAUAGACGACGCGGACCGAUCAUCACUCGUAGCACGCCACUCUAAAAUAAAAACACCGGGACGCGUCAAUACGUUAUUAUUUAUUAAUAUUACAUUAUUACCUAGUAUAUUGUAUCUAUCAUCGUGACUACGACACUUUGAUCUUUGGGGUUUUCGAGGCACGCGACGAGCUACUGCACUCCGAUAUUAUAUCAUUCGCCCUCGCCAAGAGUACGCUGCGAUCUGACGACCCUAUUUAGAACAGAAAUUUUUAACGACGACUCGUUCAUAAAAUCUGUUAAAAACAACAAUAUAAAUAUAAAAAGUUACCAUUCGUCACGUUCAGCGAC